CUCUUGGCUCGACCUUGAAAAGCCCCACCACAGUACUGACAGAGAUGGAAGCAGUGGUAUUGAAAGUGUUCACGUUGACAGCAUUCGUCCCACUCGCCACAUGUUAGUCAAGUGAAUGGUCUCUCUAGAGUUGUCUUUACCAAAACAAUGCAGACAAAACAUGCCAUCAGCCGGCGGCAAUUUUUCUUUGAGGAGGAUUCUGCCUCAGGCCCUCAGCCGAGAGCUCCAAAUUUCUUCUGCAAUGAGAGUUCAACAAAGAGAGCUCCAACGCAGAACAGCAGAUACGUUGCACAUUAAUGUAAUAUGGAGGACACAGAAUACACCCGUCUUCACAUCACGCCCUUCAAUGCUGGCCUUCUGAAAACCGUUAUCCCUCCCUCAAUCCUGCCGAACGCGCGCAACAUCUCGUACCACAGCAUUGUCACCUUCCCCGAGAAAGGCUACGGCUACGUGGAGCUCCCUACCAUGGACGCCGAGAAAAUCAAGAAGAAGCUUAAUGGUACAAUACUUAAAGGCACGAAGGUUCGCAUUGAGAAAGCACGUCCGGAGAAGCAAGUUGUGAUUGAAGAGGAAGAACCCGAGCGCCCAAAGAAGGAGAGGAAAACGAAGCGCAAACGGGACGAGUUACCAGGCGUGGAUAUUGGAGAGAGGCAGGUCAAGAGGGGGUGGACGACACCGGCGAAGGAUGUGAAGAAAGAUCAGCCAGUUAUUAAAUCGAAAUACACUACAGGUCCGGAAUGUCUUUUCAAGACGAAUCUGCCGCCAAAUGUUGCGUCGAAGGGCAAGACUGCGGAGACAAAGCCAGACAAGAAAAAGAGAAAGCCUGGGAAAGAAGCCAUCGUGCACGAAUUUGCCAAGACUACAAAAUAUGCGACCUUCUUACGCGGCAGCGGAGUGUCAAAUAGCCCGCGGGUCAUGGUGGAGUUUGUUGAGGGGAAGGGAUGGGUCGAUGAGGAGGGAAACGUAGUUGAACAGGUCAAGAAGUCACGGAAGAUCAUAUCGGUUCCAGUGGGGAGCGCCUUGGAAGAGGAAAAUCAGCGGCCAGAGCCGGAUCAUAUGGAGGUGGAUACAGCGCCCGCCGUCAGUGCGGAAGAAGAAAGUUCUAACGAUUCUAAUUCCAGUGAGGAUUCAGACAGUGACUCGAGCUCAGAUGUGGAGGUCGCCGCAGAUUCGGAAACGGACCAGCAGAGUAGGGCUCUACAAGAUGCAGAGCUUCAAAAAGCUGCCAAGGGCAGUUCAAGCGACUCCAGUUCCUCCCGCUCUGAUGGUGAGGAAGAGAAUGACAGCUCAAGCGAUGAUAGUUCAGACGACGACUCGGACCACAAAGUUCGAGCGAGCCCAAGUCCUCUUGCAGCUGAAGGCUCGUCAAAGCAAGAAAGUAGUAGCUCAAGCGAUGAAUCUUCUGACGACGAAUCUAAGUCCGAAGCAGAGUCCGAAGCAAAGUUGGUGGACGCAGAAUCCUCAUCCAGCUCGGAUUCGUCUGAUCAAUCAGAUUCGGACGAAUCUGACGCAGAUUCCGAACUGGAAGAACCACAGUCGGCAGUCACGCAUAAAUCAGAAGGAUCCAGCGGCCCGUCUCUUAGCAUCAAAAUUCCCGACUCACUUACAUCAAUCCCUAUCGCAUCCUCAGUACAUCCUCUAGAAGCCUUAUACAAACGCCCAAAAUCCAAUGCCGUGGACGCGCCUAAAGCAGCGGAAUCAUCAUUCAGCUUUUUUGGCGCGGAUGAAGAAGAUGAAGAAACUCUGCCUGAAACCCAUCUCCAAAUUCCUCUGACGCCCUUCACCCAGAAGGACUUUGAAUACAGAGGCAUGCGAAGCGCUGCUCCAACACCAGAUACAGCUCAUCCGAACAAAAAGUUUGUCUGGCCCAGCGAAAGGGACGAGGAAGACGAGGAGGCAGUGGCUAGCUCUCCGAUCCGAAAAUCUGACAAGGUUAAAGGCAAAGACAAGGAGACAGAACCCGAGAGUGAUUUCCAGAAAUGGUUCUAUGAGAAUAGAGGAGAUGUGAGGCGGGCUUGGACUGGCAGGAAGAAGGCCGCUGCCAAGGAGAUGCGCCAGAGAGAAAACCGAAAGAGAGAGCGUCGUGAUAUCUGAAUAAUUUUCAUUGCACUUUUCAUCUCUUCAUAGAAGCGUUGCAUGUUGUCAUUACAAGAGAUGAUACCCAAACGCAUAACCCUCAAAUUUACUGAGCCUCUGUCUAUUCUGAUUCAUCACAUCCAGAAACUCACUCUCCAUGAAUUUUCAAAAACUUGUCCUAGGGGAUUUUAACUCUGCUGGGAUGUGAAUCAUUAACAAAUGAUAUGGUUUUAGCAAAUAAUGCUGUUGCCCACUUGCGCUCAUAUGAAAACGUCCAGAAACUCUCCAGUCACCUCGCCCAAACCAGAGACACCUAGCAAGCCUCCACACAUCUCCCUAGAUAGCUCCCCUAAGAAUGGUCCUCACUCCCCCCUCUCUCACGCAACAACUAGUCUGAUGGCUGACGACUGACAACUUCGAUACCUCACUUACUUACAUUGCGGUGAUACAUUCGUUCUUUGGCAGAGUAGGAUUACUUGAAGGCAGUUCUUGAUUUCUUCUUGCUUCUUGUCACGACAGAACAAGAUAUGAAAAGAGUACCCGGCUUUUCAACAUUUUCAUUCUUUCCACCAACGCAUGCAUACAUUUUUUUCUCUGCCUUGACGAGUUUCUUCAUGGAUAACUCUCAAUUCUCGUUUCCUGUCUCGACAGACUAGGGAGUAUCUGGGAUAUCCGAAUAAUCUCAUUUCAGCAACGCAUUCAAUCUUCGUCAGAACCUGUUCCCUGAGAACAAUUCUUGGUUCUCAGUUCCUGUUUUAACAGAACGAGACCAGACCAGACAAUCGAUGUCUUUGCAGUCAAGUGUUAGAGCAGUUGUCUUUCUUGAGUCUCUUCCAUGCGUAUCAUCGAUGUUUUCUUUUCGCUUCUUGAUCUGAACUAGGUUUUGAAUCGGUAUAAUAUGGGACGGAGGUGAUGAUGGGAGGAAUCAUACUGGAUGGAUGGUGGUGAGGGGAGGAAUGAUAUUGACGGCUAAGAAGAAUCGUAAUGACUCUAACGAGAAAUGACGGUGUGUAUAGAUAAAUCCUAAUA